AUGGAACAAAGCGGACGCCAGGCGUGGAUUGAGCGAUGGAUAUGCAUCGCCUACAUGGUGCUUUUGGUAACGUUUUGGAGCGAAGCCUCAGCUCAGAUUAGAUAUUCCAUUUCCGAAGAGGUGAAAAAAGGAAGUAUUGUUGGAAACAUAGCGAAAGACUUGGGAAUUGAUAAGGCUACGCUGAAAGACAGAGAGUAUCGCAUUGUUGGCAGUUCAACGGAACCCCUCUUUCAUUUGAAUAAAGACGACGGUAUCCUGUAUGUCAAUAGGAAAGUGGACAGGGAAGAGAUCUGUGAACGAAGCAACGCGUGUGUAAUCAACCUUAAAACAGUACUGGAAAACCCUCUGGAAAUCCAUUAUGUGGUCAUAGAGGUGCUGGACAUAAACGACCAUUCCCCCAUCUUUCCAGAGAAAGAGAAACGACUGGAGAUAUUUGAAUCGACAUUACCGGGAGCAAGGUUCCAGCUCCAACCUGCACGCGACCCAGAUGGUGGUCAGUUUUCUGUUCAACAGUAUAAGUUGAGUCAAAACGACCACUUUCGUUUGGAAGUUAAGGAGAGAGGCGAAGACCGUAAGAUGCCCUUUCUGAUUUUGCAGAAGCAGUUAGACAGAGAGGCUAAGAGAGAACACAAGCUUCUGCUCUCAGCUAUUGAUGGUGGGAGGCCGGCGAGGUCUGGAACAAUAGAAAUACUGAUCGAGGUGCUUGAUGUUAAUGACAAUACACCAGUUUUUACACAAGAUGUAUAUUCUGCUACUCUAAAUGAAAACGCGGCCCCUGGUACGUUAAUUAUUCAGGUUAAUGCGACAGAUUUGGAUGAGAGCACAAACAGCGAAAUUGUUUACUCGUUUGGUAAAGAAGUGGAUGUAAAUGUGCAAAAACUGUUUAACAUAGACUCGGAGACUGGGGAAAUUAUAGUGAUGGGUGUAAUUGAUUUUGAAGAGAAGAAAAGCUAUGAUAUUGAUAUACAAGCUUCAGAUAAGGGGCCCGUUCCUUUGUCCACAGACAGAACUGUGGUAAUAAAGGUAAUCGACCUUAAUGAUAAUUCUCCAGAGAUUGAAGUUACAUCAUUCUCCAAAUCAGUUCCCGAGGAUUCUAGAACUGGAACAACAGUAGCUUUGAUCAGCGUCAAUGAUUUGGACUCAGGCCUCAAUGGAAAAGUUUCUUGCUUCAUACGCGAGAACGUUCCUUUCGGUAUUUCUCCAUCCUUGCAGGAUAAUAUGUUCGCCAUAGUAACCAAGUCUCCACUGGACAGAGAAGAAAAUUCUUUUUAUGAACUUUCAAUUGUUGCUAAGGACACUGGUGAGCCACCCCUCUCAUCUGAAAAGACAAUAUCUGUGGUUGUAUCAGAUGUGAACGAUAACAGACCACAGUUUUCCCUGAGCCCAUACACGUUUUAUGUAACUGAAAACAAUGACCUAACAGCACCGGUAUUUUCAGUCAGGGCAUCUGAUCUUGAUGAGAGUGAUAAUGCGCAUAUUUCAUAUCACAUUCCGAGGGACAGCAGCGGAGAUAGUAUUGGUCUGUUUUUAAAUAUUAACUCUGAAAGUGGGGCUAUUAUGGCGCUAAAAAGUUUUGACUUUGAAACACUGAAAACUUUCCAGUUCCAAGUCUCUGCGUCAGAUUCUGGAACUCCGUCACUAAGCAGCAACGUCACAGUGAAUGUGUUCAUUCUGGAUCAAAACGACAACGCUCCAGUCAUCCUGUAUCCAGUCAGCUCUAACGGUUCAGCUGAAGGUGUGGAGGAGAUUCCCCGCAACGUGAACGCAGGACACUUAGUGACUAAAGUCAGAGCCUAUGACGCUGAUAUAGGAUAUAACGGCUGGUUACUGUUUUCACUGCAGGAAGUUACUGACCACAGUCUUUUUGGUUUGGACCGCUAUACAGGACAGAUCAGAACACUUCGCUCAUUCACAGAGACAGACGAGGCUGAGCAUAAACUGGUCAUACUGGUCAAAGACAAUGGCAACGUUUCACUCUCAGCAACAGCUACUGUCAUUGUCAAACUUGUGGAGCCCAAAGAGGCUUUUGCAGCUUCUGAUGUGAAAAGUUCAGCAAAAGCAGAUGAGGAUAAUAAUGUGACUUUUUACCUGAUGAUAACUUUGGGCUCAGUUUCAGCACUUUUUCUCAUCAGUAUCAUCGUGCUGAUUGCAAUGCAGUGCUCAAAAUCCACAGACUAUACUUCUAAAUAUCUACAAGAGACUAAUUAUGAUGGGACACUGUGUCACAGCAUCCAGUACAGAUCUGGAGACAAACGGUACAUGUUAGUUGGACCAAGAAUGAGUAUAGGAUCUACUAUAGUCCCUGGCAGCCAUGCAAAUACACUAGUGCUCCCUGACAGGAGGAGAACAUCUGAAGAGGUAGGGUGA